UGACUCGCUGUCGAGAUGCACCAGGUGCCCUACGGACACAGCGGUAUCUCAAGCGAAAACCGAAACGACAGGAUCUUCUGGGAGCAGCAGCAGCAUCAGCAGCCCGAGUGCACCAGGCGAGUGUUGCAACAGCAGCAGCCUAGAUCUCGCGGUCGUGCCCGUGCUCGUGCCCGUGCUCGUGCUCGUGCUCGUGCCCGCGCCCGUGCUCGUGCCCGAUUACGACGGCACGACGCCGGGCCCGACGUGGACCGCGUGUCCUCCCUGCAUUGUCUGGGCCCGGUGCGCACCGUUCACGCUAGUGCCCCGCCGUCGCUGCCAUCCAAUUUGCUGCUCAUAGGAUUGGCUCUCUGUUGUCUCGCCCUACCGGCGGUACAGCCGCGUCUCAGCGGCCACCAUCAGACGUGUCCGGGUUGCCCACAUCAACAACAGCAGCAACAACAUCACCAUCAUCAUCACGUUCACCAUGAGGGUCCGCCGAGGGGCGGCCUGUUCAAAGACACCGCCACGCCUAGCCCCGAUGAUCUUAGGUUGGAGGCGAUCAAACAUCAGAUCUUGCAGAAACUUGGCUUGAGGACUCGCCCGGACGUUAACAGGACGUUGGCCACCGUGCCCCGGCACUUGGCCCUGGAGACCCUUUAUCGGGCGGAGGCGCAAACGCCGCCGCGCUACUCCGACCGGUCGAGGGUCGACUACGAGAGUGAAUAUUCGGGCGAGUUCCUUUACGGCGGCGACGAGUACUCGUAUAGGAAUCUAGAUCAGGAGACCACUACCACCGAGGGUAACGCUAGGACCACCGCUAAGUCCUAUCAGGGCUACGAUGAUGUUCAGGAGGAGCUAGAUGAUUUCUACGCGAGAACUUCGGAGAUUAUCACCUUCGCCGAACCUGGGCACACGUUGAAUGGCCAGCCAUUGCUGGAAUUUCCGAUGUCGAGUGGCGAACCGGCAUUGGAACCUCUGAGAAUCAAAAGGGCCACCUUGUGGGCGAGAGUUGAGCUCAAGCAUGCCCAUCACUAUCAGCAUCAUCGUCACAGUCAGAUAAACCAAAGAAAUAUCACUCUCUGGGUAUUCAGAGUGCACUGCGGUAAUACGACACAUCUCCGAGGCAAGGAACUCGGGCAACACUUAGAGAUGGUGACAUCUCUUGUUGUGAACGUCGGCCAGCUCGGCUGGCAGAAAUUCGACGUGACGAAGGUCGUCAGCAGAUGGUACACGACGAACUACUCGAAAGAUAAACUGACGUUACUCGUCGACUGCAGCGGGUGCGGCUCGCAUGUCCACGUAUCGACCUUCGAUGGACAUUCGCCGCACGUGAUCGAGUCGUCCCUAAAUUCGAAAGCCGAUCACGAUCCGGAUAGACCGUUUCUAGUCGUGCGUACAGAUCCAGCGGCCGCGAAGCGCGUUAGAAGACGAGCGAUCGAGUGCAGCGGCGCGAUAAAAGGUCAAUGCUGUAAGCAGAGGUUCUACGUCAGCUUCUCUCAGCUUGGGUGGGACGAUUGGAUUAUCGCUCCUCAGGGAUACUACGCCAAUUACUGCAGAGGAGACUGCGCGGCUGGUCACAGAACGCCGGACACGUUUCUCAACUAUUACACCCACGUGAUUGAGGAAUACCGGAAGAUGGAUCGGCUGGCCGGCAUGCAACCGUGCUGCGCGCCUCUCAAGUUCUCACCCAUGUCGCUCAUCUACUACGGCCCGGACUCGAAUAUAAUCAAAAGAGACCUACCGAAGAUGGUAGUGGACGAGUGUGGUUGUCCUUAAAAAUGCGACACGGAGACGAAAGAGCACGGUCGAAAAACAUCGUCGUGCUUCUGCCUUGUAAAAAAAAAAAAAA